CUUUGCACUCGGCGGCACGAACAAGAGACUGCAUGAACACGUAGAGGACGACAACACUUGGCGGCGGGCCUAUGUCUUCCAGUUCCUGGGGAUAUCCCCUGAGGGGGACAUAUACGAGUCGUCCAGCCUGACGAGCAGCCCUAGGAAGGCCUUGAUGAUGCGGAGAGAGGAGGUCACCUGGAAGCGAGAGUUUGUGCGCAGAUGGAAUCUCAAGAGACGAUGGGAGAACAUCCGUCCUUCCACGAUCAGCCACACCCCCGUCCACUCAGCUGUUGCUGAGAUGCACCUCAUGCCCUCUACAUCGCCUGAUCCCGCCCUACUGACCGCAUCGCUGCGGUAUGGGGUUGUCGCCCGGUCGCUCCCCCUGAAGGGCAAGACCUUACGCGGGUUCUUAGACGCUUCCGGAACACUGAACGGUAUAGGACACGGUAAUCCGAACGCCGAAUUCUCUCCGGACGUCUCGCGCUGCGUUAUGUCUGCUGACGGAGGAACCGCCCGAGUUCUAUGGGGCUUCCGCACCGGCGCGGUCGCCGUGACUACCGCUCCGAAGGCCAUGGACGCUGCUCGUGCUAUUGCCGCGCGUUGGCUCCGGUGCCCUGUCGGCGACGCGCAUGAAGGGGCGGUAGAAGAUGCAGCUUGGGGCACAGAAGUGGGUAAUGCCCCCAGAUUCUUUGUCACGGGAGGUGCAGACGGUCGCAUCAAGAUUUGGGACGCCAAACGCGUCUCGUGCCUCUGGACGUCGAAGCUGAAGCCCGGUCAGGUGCUGAAGGACCCCGUCGUCAAAGUUGCCAUCGACAUUAACGCUGAAGCAGUCGCCGCGGCGUUGAAGAGUGGAGAAUCCGUGCUGUGGACGGGUUUUUCAGCGUUUUCCGACGAGUCCGUCAAGUCGAUCGACAGUAUCUGUGUCAAAGAGGUUCGCAUACCUGCACCAAAGAACAGCAAUGCGCCGGGUCCCUACACGGAUGCCUCAACUGCGAAUGCGGUGAUCACAUCUUUCCACAUGUUCUGCGAAACGCCCAGUCAAGUCUCGCUCCUCGCUUCGUACAAGGGUCAAUCUCGCUUAAUCCGCAGCGCCGUCAGUCUUCCUACGGCAAUAGUGCUACAGACGUCGUACGGAGAUGACACUACCGGCGCGAUAACCGUCGUGUAUCCUGUAUUUGCCUCCAAGUCGGGAGAAUAUAGUUUCGUCCUUGUUGGGGACCAGCUUGGUUCAGUCAGCAUCUUCCCCUGGGGCGGAAUACCGACCUCGUCUUCGUCUGCCCAGCACUCUAUUCCUGCAGGCCGCAAACUCCAGGCUCACGAUGGUGGGGCAGUCACCUCCCUCGUGUGGACGUCAACUGUUAUCGUCACAGGUUCUUCUGUUGGAACCCUGCGGGCCUUUGACUCGCUCACCUUACUUCCCAUGCGCGGCUUCACCGUACGCAACAAUGUUGAAGAACAAGUAAAGGGCAUUGUUGUCGAGCAUGAUUUCUUCGCUGCAAGCAUCGGUGAUCGUGUCGUCGCCUGGCGCGGGGAACCGCAAGGAAAGGUUCAGAAGGCUUCGAAGGGUAAAGGCACUAGCCGGGCGUCGAACGCUAUCGCGAAAUGGCACCAACAAGUCGAGAUCUCGAGGGAGAUAAAGGAGUCUCGGCGCGAACUGGAUCACGAACACGAACAUACUCAGAGGGUUUAUGGUCGCGCGCGCGAGCAGAACGCCACCCUUGGCCACCUGGGCUUGACAGAAGUCGAAGCAGUGGAAUACGUCUUGAUGCUCAGCCGUGACGAGGAGGAGCGACGCCGUUUGGAGCAGAUGCAGGACGAGUUUGAGGUCUUCGGUGGCGAAUUCGACGAGGACGUCCAGACGCCUAUCACGUCGCCAUCCAGCUUCCUAGACGCCCCCUCCGCCAGCAGCAUAAACCGUUACGGCUUCGCCGAUUGUGCGCAACUCAUGUCCUCUUCUUCGAUGGCAAAGAUCCAGAUCUCGCCUCGUCAGCGUCCGGAGCCGAUGGAGGCGGGCUUUGCAUGCAGCCCCCUCUCACGCUCGACGUCCGGCUCGCUGUCCGGCUCUAUGUCGUCCUCGCGCAGCAUUUCGCGCACGAGCAGCCAGCGGCCGUCACCCGACGAUCCGCGACAGUUCCCCUCGAUUAGUUCCACGCCGACGCGGCGCUCCAUCUCGGGCAGUUCUGGGUCGUACCGCAGCGCAUGGAGCACCCCGUUGCGCGCGACGCACCCGGAAGGUCCCUUGUCCCCGCAUGGUGGCAGCUCUGUCGCGAGUUUACUUAGCGUGCCCCACGCACCGAAUGUGUCGCUUCUCUCGGAGAAGGUUGCGGCCGUGAUGGUGCCCAAGGAGGAGGACGAGGAACUGCGGUUUGUACUAGAGCUUAGUCUGGCGGAAGCGCGUAGCCGUGGAGAGGACGUCUGAGCAGGACACGGCAUUCGCGAUAAUGAUGUGUUAUUGGACAGCGUAUGAUGUAGACUUCGCGUGCUUGUGGGCUCAUGCUCUUAUGAGUACUUCGCGUUUUAUGCCCCUUUCGAUCCUGGCUGUACGCUCUUAAUGUCUCUCCUACCCCGAUAGAUCGAAUCCAUAUGUGACAGUAGUUAGCCUUCGUGGGUGGGUUGUUGGUGAUUUUUGGCGAUCUGUUCGUCUCUCGCGAUGAGACGCGGCGGACAG